AGCCCUCUCUCACGCCCACCAGUUUUCGUGAGAAACCAGCGUGCUGCGUUUGAUGGGAAUAUCUCGGCAGCAAAUCCCUCCACGCGUUCGCCUGUGAUAAGGCAUUGCUUGGUUGUGGAUUCCAAGCAGAUAAGAUUUCCAACCUCCCCGCCACUAUAAACAAGGAAAACGAGCGAGAGGGACCUGAAUUUUUGGAGGCUGUCAAACAAUGGCACUAGUUCAACCCACGACCGCCAUCAGCAGCAAGAGUGACCUGGGAUCGUUCCCCAUGGCGGCUCGGCACAGAUGGGGAGCAACAGGAGCCACGAGGAGGAGGAAUGCGAUGAGGGAUUCUUCUUCUUCUUCCUUAAAGGUGGUGGGGAUGGUGUCUUCGGGCCGGCGGCUGCACGAAGAAGGGCCGCUGGAGAGGCCGAGUUGGGCAGGGGAGACGCCACUCUCCCGCCUCGUCGGCGCGAUCAUCGCCUUCAAGCCUUUCUACUCUCUCCUCAAGUUCGGCGCCAGGCAGGUCUUCAUCAGUACAGCGGAGAAGAAGAACAUCCCGUGGACUAAGAUGACGCAAGAAAUCCUAUCGUCCCAAGUCUACAAAGAGAAGGAGAUCAUCGAGAACACCUCACUGCAAUACCCUGAUUAUUAUCUGAAUCCUUUCCAUGCAUAUGAUGAAGGCAAUCUUUCUUGGCUGGCGGCAGCAGAGGCUGAACCAGCAACAAUGUCGAUGGCAAGCAGGGCUAUCCCAUAUGCAAAAUCAAUAGAUGAAGCUAAUGCUGAAAUGAGAGGAGGCUGGCUUCGAGCCAUUGAUGAUCAUCGUGCCAAAUACUCACCAGGUCUGCAAGUUAAGGACAUCCUGGAUAUAGGCUGCUCUGUUGGAGUUAGCACCGCCUUUCUGGCAGACAAGUUCCCAAGUGCCAAAGUCACAGGGCUUGAUUUGUCUCCUUACUUCCUCGCCGUGGCGAGUUACAAGGAGAAGCAGAGACCCGCAAGAAAGAGUGGGAUGAUAAGGUGGAUUCAUGCAAAGGGUGAAGAUACUGGCUUGCCUUCUGCCUCUUUCGACAUCGUCAACUUUGCUUACGUGAUGCAUGAAUGCCCACAACGUGCAACGAUUGCCUUGUUUAAGGAGGCUUUUCGUCUUCUUCGUCCGGGUGGCACCAUUGUUAUUACAGAUAAUUCGCCAAAAUCAAAGGUGCUUCAGAAUCUCUCUCCUGUCCUAUUCACACUCAUGAAGAGCACGGAGCCAUUUCUAGAUGAAUACUACACCUUGGAUCUCGAUGAAACGCUGAGAAGUGUAGGCUUCACGAACGUCCAAUCAAGGCUAACUGACCCACGACACAGGACAGUCACAGGAACUGUUCCUCUUUGAUCCGUAAAAUGCAGCUGCAACCCAUCAGAGCUUGAUCAACUUGAAUUCUUCCCUCCGUUCAGAGAAGGGGCAGGUGCUUCAUUUGUCAUAUGGAGAAACUAUUGGUUCAGAUGCUACCUACUCUUGAACUUCCCCUUCUUUUUUUGCCUUUUCUUCUCCAUCAUCAUCAGAGUGCAUUUUGUAUCCAUAUUUGCGUUCACUCUUGUAUAUUUGAGUUAUUGGUCAUCUAGGAAAAGAAAGAGAAACUAUUGUUGUUUUUAGUAACUUUAGUAAAUUAUAUUUAAACGGUAGCCGAUCAAGCUACCUGUGAGGCA